AUGGAUCCCACAGCUGAAGAUCCAGUUCAGUUAUCCGGCAACUGCCAAGAGACUCACCCUUUACCUCAGGAAAUUGAGGAGUUCGUCCUGGAAUUCUCUGAGACACAUGAGUCAAGAACUCCAGCUGCACCAGAGCCACAGAUCUGCAUGCCUCUGACUGCCCGUGGUGAAGAGAGCCAACCUGAGUCCGCUCAGAACCAAGUGAUGGCUCCUUUGACGCCCACAAUGACGGUUUCUGCAUGUUCUAAUAUCCCUGGGACAGUCCUUGACCAGAACUCAAUAACUCUCCCUGUUAAUGCCUUCGAUAAGCCCCCUGGAGAACUAAAUGAGACUGUCUCCAUGGACCAGAAGACCCAUUAUGGAGGCCAGAUGACAGCUCUUAAAGGGGACUAUCCAGUGACCUUCAUUGGGAACCAUUCCUUUACUGAGGGCCAGGUGACAACAUACAGCAGUGACAAGACUCUCUAUGGGGGUCAGAUGGGGACCCUUAAGGGGGACCAGAUGAGAGCCUUUACUGAUGACCACACUCUCGGGGACCAGAUGAGAGCCUUCACUGAUGACCACACUCUCUAUGGAAGCCAUAUGAUGCCGUGUCAGUCGCCAUCAUUGCCAUACCUAGGAUCCCUGUACUGUUCAAGUUCCCAUUUGACCCAAGGACAAUCCCUAGAAGAGCAGAAGUCAAAACUCAAAACCCAGAGACGUCAGUUCAAGAAGAAUCUUGACAUUUUAAAGCCCUACACUUGCACAUACCAGGACUGUCAGAAAUCAUAUUCAAAGUAUUCCUCUCUCCAAUUCCAUUAUCGCAAACACACAGGAGAGAGGCCCUACAAAUGCAAUGUGAAGGGAUACACAUGGGAAUUCGCCCGUUCAGAUGAGCUCAAGAGACACAACAAAAGGCACAGUGGGGAGCGACCCUACCUGUGUACUCUGUGUGACAGGCGUUUUGCACGAUCUGAUCACUUACAGCAGCACCAGAAAGUCCACCAGUGA